AUGGAGUCCUUUAUUGGACACCCCAGUGUGGGCCUCCUGAGCCCAAGCGACCGCUGCACGGGCACCGGAGGCCACAAACAAUCCAAUGCCCAAGACGCGGUGCAGAACCUACGUUUGGCGCUUUCAGAACACUUUCUGGGUGCAUCCUUCUGGCUGGAUAUCGAGCAGGACCCGACGGUGAGGGGCAUGUGCUAUGGGGUCUCCCAUUCGCGCAAUGUCCUGAUCUUCCUCACAGAAGGGAUCACUGACAGCAAGUUCUGCCGAAUGGAGAUGCGGUGGGCAUUGGAGGCCAACCGAAACUUGAUUUUAGUCAAAGAGACAGAUGACCGUCAUGGAAAGCCCAACAUGGAGACGCUGAUUGAGAGGUGCCCGGACGACUUGAAGCAUAUUUUUUCUGAGAAUGUCAUCAUCCCCUGGUUCCGGGACCCUGAGUUCCGUGCGGUGAGCGUGGAAAAGAUCCUGCAGCGCAUCGCCGUGGACCCGCGCCGCACCGAGUCCACCGGGCGGCGGUCAGCCAAACCUUUGGUGUAUGGGAAAGGCGGGGAAGGAGAGGACGCGGAGGUCUUUGAUCGGAGCUUUGUGAUCUACAGCGUCAUGUUUGGUGUGGUCUUGCCUGGAGCAGGAUCCAACACUCGUCGAUGGGCUGCAGCGGUGCGAAUCAUCAUUUUCACUUGUGGUGUCCUUUGCACUACCCGGCUCUUCACACCUGAAGGCCCGGGGUUCUUGGAUUAUGCCACGAUCAUCCAAGCCGUGACAGCGCAUUUCAUGGUUUUCUUCCAGCUGCAUGUUAUGUUGGAUCUUCUUCGCUCGGUGGAAGUUCAAGAUCUGCUCGAGAACCACAUCGACUGUCCCAAGGAGGGGAAGAAACUCAAGUUCAAAACCAAAGUCCUCACAGCUAUCGUCUUGCUCUUGACGGCCGUGUUGUCUUGCUGGGGCUGGGUCGGUUACCUUCCUGGCUUUUGGCACCCGUACUACAUGGCCAGCGGCAACAUCUUCAUUGCCUACGGUAUUGCUCAUGGCUUGGCCUUCUUGCUGAUUCUACCAAUUUUCUUUGGUAGCUACUUCGCCAUUCUCACCAUCAUGUUCACGCUUCAGGAGUUGUGUAACAUGGCUUUCCUGACAGCCUACAACGAGCUGAAUCUCGUGUUGGAGGAAGAGGGCCUGGAGGCGGUGGCGCUGAAGGGUGAGGGCAUCAACGUCAGCGAAAUGGACCUCUACUGUUUCCAGGUGAAAUAUGCGAAGAGCUGGGACCUGUACAAGAAGAUCCUUGGCCAAGCGUUACCAUGCUAG